CUUACGUGCAUGCUUUGUGCACGCAUGAGCUUGCCCUUCCAGCAACCAAACCCUGAUUAUGAAGCGUGCACGCAGUUGCAGACGAUGCCAUUCUAUCGCCGGCUCGGGCUAUCCGCUAUCGGCCCCGUGCGAUGGCUGUAUCAGUGUCUCUCAGCAGCAUGCAAAUGUUGAGCUGCUCAUCCUUCUCGGGACCAGCCGCAUCCGCCACCGAUGUGGAAGCGGGGGCCUGGGGCCACAGACUCCUGGAGGCCCGAGCGUUCAGGGGCCAUAACUUGAUAUACACGCAUACCCAUACACUAGGACUAUACACUUGACGACAAACGACGCUUGACCGCUGGGCACCGCCCAGUCCGCUGGCCGUUUCCUGUCUGCCGGAUGAUCUACAACAACUUGGAUACGUUCUACCUUACCGAUGAGGAGCUAUCAAACACGCCAUCGCGGAAACACGGUGUAGACGAGGACACGGAGACGACGCUCCGCAUUUUCGGCUGCGAGCUCAUUCAAGAGGCUGGGAUCCUGCUAAAAUGUCCGCAAGCGGUCAUGGCGACGGGUCAGGUGCUCUUCCAACGGUUCUUCUGCCGGAAGAGCAUGCGGGACUUCAACGUGCGGCGUAUGGCAUGUGCGUGCCUUUUUCUGGCGACGAAGCUGGAGGAGAGCCACCGGCGGACACGCGACGUGUUGAUGGUGUUUGACCGGAUCAACAAGCGGAGGGAUGGCAGCCGGAGCCUACCGCUGCUGAUACCCGAGACCAAGGAGUAUGACAUCAUGAAGGAGCGCGUUAUCACGUACGAGCGCAUCCUGCUGAAAACGUUUGGCUUCAUCAUCCACUGCGUGCACCCGCACAAGUUUGUCAACAGCUUCGUGCACAGCCUGGAGGGCAGCGACGAGCUGCAGCAGCUGGCGUGGAACAUGCUCAACGACAGCCUGCGCACUACGCUGUGCGUGCGCUUCAAGGGGCACGUGGUGGCGGCCGGCGCAAUCUACCUCGCGGCGCGGCGAUUGCAGGUGCCGCUGCCCUCCAACCCUGCCUGGUGGGAGGCGUUCAAGGUGCCCACCGACCAGAUGGUGGAGGUGGUGCUUGCGCUGGACGCGCUGUACCAGCGCCCCAAGGCACACUACAUCGAGGUGAACCCGGAGGUGCUCAAGCAGCAUCAGGCGCUCAGCGGCCUGGGCAACAAGCAGCUCACGCCGGCGCCCGACGUCGGCAACGACAGCCCGGCGGUGGCGCAGGACUCGAGCGUCAUCCGCGGCGGGCCGGACCUGGCGUCGCAGCAGCAGGGCGCGCUGCCGGUGGCAGGGACCACGGCGGCGCCACCGGGCACCGCGGCGGAGAUGCUGGCGGCCGCGGUCGCGGCGGCGCAACAGCGGCUGCAGGGCAGCGCUCUAGCGACCAGCAUCAAUGCGGCACAGGCGGCCGCGGUGGCUGCCGCAGCGCAGGCGGCCCAGGCGGCGGCAGCAGCGGGCGCCAAGCCCGACCCCGACACCGUGUCCACGCUGCACCAGGGCGGCGGCGGCGGCCCCACGGUGACGGGCGGGCAGGCGAACGGCGGCGGGCCCGCCACGUCGGCGGUGGAGGGCGGCGCGGUGCAGUCGCGUAAGCGCAGCCGCAGCCGCGAGCGCAGCCAGGAGCGCAACCAGCGGCGCAGCCGCAGCCCGUCGCGCAGCAGGAGCAGGAGCCGCGACCGGCACCGGAACGGCAGCCGACGGGACCACAGGAGCCGCAGCCGGGACCGCCGUGAUCGGGACAGGGAUCGGCGGGAUCACCGGGAUCACCGCGAUCGGGACCGGGACAGGGAGCGUGAGAAGGAGCGUGAGCGGCGGGACGGCGCCCGCGACCGGGAGCGCGGCCGGGAGCGCGGCCGCGACGACAGGCAGGAGCGGGACGGCGCAGAUCGCGGGGAUUUGCCUCAGCCGCCGCCUCUUCCUCCGCGCCCGGACCGCCGACGCUAGCACUGCAUUGCAAACAUUACAACAAUAGCACGUGUGCAGAUUGGCCACCGUAUAAGCUGCGCUUGCAUGUGCCAUGGAUAGUCGAGGAGAUUCGGCCUGUCCUUGGAUUGGGCGCGCACAUAACACAUUUAUUUCCUUUACAUGGAAGCCAUCCCUUGUUCGUUACCGCCAACAUUAUUACUUGGCCCAGCGUCCGCAAGGGGUUUGUUGCGCGCUUGUGAGGGAAUAUUGUGGAUUCUUAACACAGGCAGGCAAUCCUGGAAAUGUGCGUGGCUGGGGCGCUUGAGGCGCUGUAGUGCGGGCUGGAGACGUGCUGUGCGGGUUUGCGUUGACGGCACGCAGGAUUUGUGCGUCAGCCUAUUCGUGGGGUUGCGUCUGUAGGGUCUACAGUACAGGGCGUAGUACAGGGUCUACAGUACAGUGCGCGUGUAAUCGAGCGAUGAUGCGAGCAAUGCGUGUCUGAGUGCGGCGCUGCAUGCAGUGUUGAAGCCGACGCCCAGCCGGGUGCCACUCCCGGUUUGGGCUUAGUCCAAACACUGCCCCAACUUUGAGGCGCUGGCAUCCUGAAUAGCACCGCGCUUCAGACAGCAGCUUGCUCCGCAUUUAUGGUGUUGAUAGCGCUUGAUACCGAGAAGAAAGCAGGGUCCUCACGCAGAAGACUGACAAAGGCCUAACCGCUCUCGCCCCGAGCUGGGCCCUGGUGCUAGGUGUCUCGUAAUGCAAGGAGUGCGGCCUGGCAGAAGGCCGGGUGGAGCACCUGCGCGACCGGGACGUGCAGGCGGCGCGCAACAUGCUGUGGCUGAUGCAGCACCAGUACUACGGUGCACCCCGGCCGCAGUACCUCUGCCGCCAGCCGGCGGCUGGUGGCGGUGGCGGUUCCCUGCCGGCGGCGGGUGGUGGCGGUGGUGCCCCGACGGCUGCUGAGGUGGAGCUGCUCAGACAGAUGGCGGCGCGGGACCCGGCCGUGGUGGCGGCAGCGUGGUGGUGCGCAAUGGUGGCAGUCAUUGUCACAGCACGGCAGCAGGCGGCGGCUGCGCAAGCGGCGGCGGAGGAGCAGGCACCAGUACCGGGGGCAACGGAGCAGGCGGCGGUGGCAGAGGACGCAUGAGAGACAACACGUUUGACUUUGUGGUUCUAUGAAGACUUUGGGCCGGGUUGAUACCGCGGCCAUGUGUUUGCGUAUUACGGUAUGAGCUUGAGGUCGGGGUGUGCGAGUGUGUGGGGGCGGGAAGCCAUGCAUGGCGCUGAACCUGAACCUGAACCUGAAUCUGACGACGGACCCUGACUUUUGUGGUUCUGUGAAGACUUAAGGCCGGGUUGAUGCCGCGGCCAUGUGUCAGAGUGACGCUCCCAGCUUUAACAUUUCCCAGAG